GGCUCUGAAAGGAGCCUUAAUGACCUUGGGACCUUGUGUGACGAGGUGGAUCUUCAGGCUAGAAAUGUAUUCUUACUGGAGCUAGUUUAACCAUCUCCAUAACAAAAGCCUAAUGGAAACUCGCAUGUUCCUUAAUUGGUCUAGCUAAGCUCUCUUGUUGACGUAUGUUUAUGAAGUUAAGAGAUGGACCGUUUCUAAAUAACUGGUACCUAAAAAUAUCGGUAUAUUAAACGGGAGUUCUGAGAUACCUUUUAAAAUAGCAUGAUGAAGUAUUUUUUGUCCUUAGUCUUUGGGAAAUCACAUAUAUUAUCUUUGUGGGGUUUUUUGUGUGUUUUUUUUUUUUAGUACAAAGAAGGGUUUAAAAACAAGGAAGUUAAGCUCCUUUUUUGCUUUUAAAGUCAGUUUUGUUUUUUGAAAUGUGCUGUACAACAGCCUUGUAUGUUUUUAUGAUUAUGCAAAUUGGAAAAAAAAUGCAAAAUGUAUCAAUGGAAGAAGUGGCUUUGGCAAGCUUUUGACAAAUGUCAAAAUGAUAAUGUUAAUUUUACUAAAUACUCCAGUGCUACCCUUCAAAAUACUUUUCAGCUGUAUGUUUCAGUUUACUUAAAGGGAAGCUACAGCAAAAUAGUUGCUGGAGAUCAUGCAGCAGGUUGUAGACUAAUGAUAGAGCUUGAAAAUAUAUUAAGAUUCUUACCCUCUUUCAAGUGUCCUUUCUGCUAAACCUGUUUAUUUUGUUAAGCAGUACACUUCUAAAAAUCGUUGUAGGCAUUAAGUGUCUGAUACUUCUAAAAGUUGUUUCAUAACACCAUAUGCAUACACUGCUGAAAAGUGGAAUGUUGCAUCUUGCUCUUACAUAAACAUACACAUUGAUAAAUGAAUUAUGCUUAAGUGGUAGCUUGCUUUCCUAUAUCCACCUUAAGGUUGUUCUUAUUUUAAAGCUGGAAUUGUGCAUCCUUUGGAUGGGUUGUUUGCUUAGCAUGAGCAUUGUUGUGUCUGUCAGGGUACUAGAGUGCUAGUACAGGAGAAAUGGUUCCUGAUAGUUCAAAAUGGGUAAAGUGGUUUUGAAAUAAUACUUCUUUAUUCUGGUUAAAUUUAUCUGGUGUUAUGUUUAUGUAUAGGGUGCUUUUCAGGCCAAGGUGGAAGCAAUUCAAGAGAAGCCAAAAUCUUAGUUAAAACUAAAUAUGAAUAUAAACUCACUACUUUUAAUACAUGCAGAUAGGCCCCUCCUAAAUAUCUGCUGUGAGUUAGGUUAUAGCAUUCUGAUAAUUUUUACACUCCUACAAUAUAGCUCCUGAAUGAUUGAGAAUCUUUUGGGUGGAAACUAAAUAUAAAUUGGAGGAGAUACCUACCGUAGCUGAACUAGACACUGGAGUUAAUUGAUGACCUUCAUAAAGGGAGUGUAGGGACUAAGUGCUAGAGUUAGGUUAUGGUUGAAGGGUCUUUUCCAAACAGAGUUAUUCUGUAAUUCUAAAGUCCCUGAAAUAUAUUCCUUGUGAAAAACAGAAUGCUGAAAAGGAUUCAGUGCAAUGUAGAUUUUUUUUUUUUUCUGGUCCCCUGAUUGUAUCUUAUUGAGGGGUAGAAGAAGGGAGGAGCUUAAAAGGCUUAAAUUGCAGGUACCUCAUAACUCAUGCGGAAAGUGAAAUCUGUAGGCAUGGACACAGACAUAUUGUCUUCCUGGGUUUGUGAUGCUCAUCCCUUUCCCAGGAGUAUAGAUGAAUCAGUUUGAUAUCUGUGUAUGAGUGAUGGUGCCCAAGGUACCAAGGUAGCGAUGGGGAGGCAAUCCUUUCCCAAUAAUAUCUCCUGUACCCAGACUGCAGUUCUGACUGCUGGACGUGUGGUAGAACUCUCAAGCCCUAUAAAUGGAUAGUAGAAUUUAAACUAGGCAUUUCCUUUUAAAAGCAUUUGGAGAGCUUGUGUGUGUAAGGAUAGCAGUGCUGUGUUUUGGGGGUUAUUUUGUUAAUGCUUUACUGACAUUCGUUUGGUAGGAACUGGCAGGGCUGGAGACAGUACACUGGGCUAGCCAGUUACUGCACGCUGCUUUCUGGCUGAAAUGGUAUGCUGCAGCUGCUCUCCAGGGGACACGGAGUAUGAUUUAAAAGCAACAGCAACAACAAAACUCCCAUAGGAAUGUAGGGAAUAUUGCAUGUGUGGGAUUUGGGGAAGAGCUAGAGCAAAUGUGAUUGUGCUUGCAGUGAUCUAGUUGGUCCUGGUUUGAGCUCAGGGGUGGGACCAAAUGACCUUCAGAGGUCCUUUCCAACUGAAAUUAUUCUAUGAUUCUAUGUUGGUGUCUGAAUCCAAGCCUGCUGUUUGAGUGGACGUGACUUUUAUGCCACUGAAAGGGUUGGUGGGAUUAGAAGGACUAAUUAAUGUGGCAACUGCUUGUUACAGAAAGCAAGUGAAGGAGACAGUUAACAGAACUAAACUCAGCCCUCUUCUCCCUUGCUUUCUGUCAAUGAACUGUCUCCAGCCCACAAGGUUUUCAAGUUGGCCCAGGAUUCUGGUUAGAGCUAUAUUUACUUUUGGAUGACAAAAUACUAGCAGACAUUACUGCUGAUCUCAUCUUUGUGUGUUGAUGGAGGUUGCAGUCUUUCAGCUUAGGCUUUCACACCAUGAUUUAUUCUGCCUACAAUCAUCUGACACCAGUGCUUUGCGUUUUGCCUGCUGGUAUUUGGUUUUAAUGUAGAUGGCCUCGAGUUUGUGGCUUGCUUACCUGAGAAUGUUUUCCUUGGUUGCCAUACUGCUGCAUCCAUGGCCAGUUGAAGUUCUUGCCAUGGAAACUUCCCCUUGAAUAUUGCUGCCUGCUGGUGUAUAUGAAAAAGCCUUGCUGGGAUGGUAUGUACUACUGCCUGACCUAGAAUGACAGCUCAUAUGUUUUGACGUCUCUGGAUAUCUUUCCCUCUCUUGGGAGUUUAAAGUCUGAGAAGUUUUAGUUUGGGCCUUUCUUCCAUAUUUAGGAUUCUUUUUCGUUUAGUUUCAUUCCAGUUUAAACAUUUGCAAAGAUUUUUAGCAUUAUGUGAAAAGGAGAAGCAAAGCAGAAGGUGGCAGAGCCAUUUAUAGGGGAGAAAACAAAAGAGGAAACAUUCUGAAAUGUAGGUCCAACCAGAUCUCAAUGGUCAGUUGUAUGGUUGUCACAUGAUCAGGUGAUUGUUUAAGAAGCUACAAAGUUUUGAUGAUAGCCAGUUGUUCGUGUUCUCUUUAUCACAAUGCAAAGCUAAAGAUGGUCUCUUGUACUAUCAUGCUCCCAAGGGCCAUACUUGUGGUUGUGUUGGGCAUAGCUGGGACAGGUGAGGAUUUGGUGCUUGAAUGAUGGAAGCGUGGGGUGGUAGGACUGGAAGACGGGUGAACUGAGGCAAGCGGCACACUGGCUGAGAAUGUGCUUGGCUCUGAGAGCUGCCAAAGAACGGGAGCUGUCAGAGACGACUGCCCCUGUUGUGGUGUGUGGCUCUAUCUAGUGCACUGCAGGCUGCACUGGCUCUUUAGUCUUACAAAAAUAAGGGGGGGGGAAUGAUUUAUUUGUGUUGUUGCUUACCAACAAUAUGUGGAAAGCAUUUGGAGAGGUUGAUGAUUAGCAACAUGGGGAAGAUGAGUGUUGUUUCUCUGCUGUAGACAAAGCAUUUGUAUGUUUUACAAGUGAAAGUUGGAGUGUUACAAGACUGCUUUGACAUAUCUUGAGCUUUAGAAUUGAGUAUCAGUGCUUCACAUAACUUAAUGAAAAUCUGGAUUUCCAGUUGGUUUAUACCUCAGAACAUUACCUUAACCAUUUGGGGUGCAACUAGCUUAACUUCAGCUAGGUGAAAAUAGUAAUAGUGCUGAUAGAAUGGAGAAAUAUGAAAGCAUUUUAAAUUUCUUAUUCUCUGCUAGGCAAAAAUAUGGAUGAAUACCAUGUAUCAGUGUUAUCCAAACUUUUCAGCUCUUUGGGUAUAUGAUGGUUUUGAGGAAGCUCAAAGUUAUUCUGACAUCUAUUUUCCCCUUUAUGGGUGAUAAUACAGCUUCCUGAUGCUGUUUCUGGACAUGAACAGAUGGCCCAGGAUGUGUUCAGCCACCACAGAAAAGUCUGCUUGGGAUUGUCUUGCUGCUCUCCAUUUUAUACUUUUGCAAAACAGAAGUUUCAGGUAGAAUGUAGUACCUAACAGUGUGUUUCCCCUGCUACUGUCCAUAAGCUCAUCUUUUAAAAUGUUCUUUGAUUUUUGCAUUCCAGUUAUGUCUUCAUAGUGCUGGAUCAGAACCAAGUGUAGAAGUUCUGUUUACAGGUGCUUUAAGGAUGUUUUCAAAAAUUUAGUUUAAUUUUCUUUACAGUUUUAGAGAAAGUAAAAAUGUUUCCAAACGUUUCCAUAUUUAAAGACAGCAUAAAACAGAAAGUUUUCUCUCUGAUAUUUAAACAUUAGUAAGAAGCGUAAGAUUUCAUAGAUCAGUUGAGGCUGGUAAGGAUCUCUGGAGAUUUUCUGGCCCAACCCUAAUGCUCAAAGCAGGGUCUACAAGAGCAGAUUGCUCAGGACUAUGUCCAGUGGGUUUGUAAUAUCUCCAAGGAUGGAGGUAUCUCUUGGCAGCUUAUUCCAGUGUUUGAGGACCCUUACAGGGGAAAAAAAAUAUUGUGUUAUGGGGGACAGAGUCAAAAGCCUUACUAAAUUAGUGAUAACUAUUGUUCUCUGUCUAACCCCAUUUACCAAGCCAGUCACCUCAUCAUAGAAGGUUGUCAGGUUAGUUAAUUAAGCAUCAUUUCCCCUUCUUAAGUCUAAGCUGACUACUUCUGGUCACCUUCUUCCCUGCUAACCCCCCCAAGGUUAUUUGAAGGUUAUUCUAGUUUUUUUUUCUCUCAAGGUUAUUUUCAAGGUUAUUUGCCUUCCCAAAGAUCAAUUUGAGGCCCCAGGUCCUCUUUCUUACCCUUCUUGAUGAUUUAGUGAGCCUUUAGCACCUGAGUUGAAGGCACAAGGAAAAUGAGCCAAUUCACACAAACUUCUAUUCAAAAUUCUAGUUUUGCAUGCCAUUAUAUAGGGAUUAAUUCACAUAAUUAGAUUAAUAAUUAAUAAAAGAAGUUACAUACAAUCUGGUUAAAAAUGCCUCCUUGUUGCCAUGUCUUAUUCAUUGAUAUUGCAGCUUUCUCAUUUCUACUAAUGUCAGGGACAUUGUAUUGUCUAAUUUAGACAGGUUCUGAACUUCUGCUGAUUAAAAACAAGCUAUUAAACUUUGGGGUCCAGUUGUCCAUCUCAAGCAAAAAGUUGUAGACAUUCCUUAAAUGGGACACAAUUAAAUGUUAAAUAUGUUUCACCAGAUUGGAAUUGUCUUUUAAAGUAACAUUUUAAGCAACCCCAGGUAAUAUUUUUUCUCUGAAACAUUCUUUCAUUCUCUAAACUUUAGAUUUGGGCAGAUGUAUUUCUCUGAAUUGAGUGGGUUCUUUGGCAGAGGUCUGAAAUGCGCAACAGAAUUAAUUUAUCUUUACAAGCAGCUUUGUGCCAGCUGAACCACAGUGACUGAUGUUAAACAUGUUUUUAACCCUAUGGCAAAUACAAGAUAGAAUGUGUUAGCUCAUACCUUAAUGAAAGAGUUGAAGCAAAUGCAUUUUAUCUUAUAUUUGUAAUGACCUAAGAAUGUGCGGAUAGUUUACUGUAGCUUGGUAAACAUAUGGUAUUAAAUUCGUGCAUUAGAGCCCUAACUCUUUCAUAAAACAACAAUUUGGAUGAGGCAGUGGCCAAUCUUGUUUAUUAGGUAUGUGAUUUUUAAAUGUUUAGGAACUCGUGACUCAUUAUCUGUCUACCUCUGCUCAUUUUGCUGAUGCUUUUGCUCCAGGACUAAAUGGGGCAAAAGUGACUUUUUGAAAAGUGCAGCAAAAAGCAGUCCACAAUAGACAGGCACAGAUAAAUGUUUGGUAGUUCUUUAACAAUAAAAUACUGAAUACUAAUAGCAUGUGUCCAGUUGAUCACAUUUGAUGUGUUGAAAUGCAGGUAACUGUAGGUAUAUGCCUACAACAUACACCAGUUCUUACAGGAUGUUUCUGCCCUUUCCAGUUUUACUUUGGUGAGGGAUGUUGUUUUUUUUUUCAACCUGGGUUCCAACCCUCAACAUGGUUUAUAUUACUUUAAAGGGUAUUUUGUCUUUUGUACAGGUUUCUCUUGUCUUCUUCCACCUUUGACUUAAUGUUGUUUUAAUUUUCUCUAAAGAAAUUGCACAAGACUGUUGUUAUAUUUUUAUUUAUCAUGAUCCCUCGUUCUUCAGGGAUGAGAAUUUCGACUCAGAAAGAUCUCUUUAUUUUACCCACUGGAAAUUAUACAAGGCUUGUUAAAGAAUCAAAAGACAGGCUGAAGAGUGGUUGUUGCUUCCACUCUUUGCUGGUACUUGACCUUUCUUCAGGUGGACAUGUAAUUUGAUUUUAAUUCUUCCCGUGCCUUGUACCAUCAACUCUUUUGCUCUGUUCCUGUCUCUUUCUCCUGUUUCCUGCUCUUGCUCCCGGCGCAGUCCUGGUGCUCCCUGUCCUCUCCUUCUGGGAUGAGUGGUGCUAAAGCUGGACUUCCUCAGAUCUGUGUCCAUUUCUCUUGACACAGGGCCUCUGCAUCGCAGCCGUCCAGCCUUCUCUUAAAAGAGCAGUUUCCAAAUAACUGCUGCCUGAGCAUCAGUUGAUAAAGAAAAGAACUGUGCUUUAUCUCUACCCUGUCUUGUUAAGACUGAGCUAUAAGGAUCAGUAAACGAGUGGGCUGUAGAUGUUGCUGCUCGUACAUUGAUGAUAGAACUUUGAGUUGCUACAGCAGUGCUUGGUUGCUUAAGGAUACAGUGAAAGGCUGGUACUCUUUUUAGUAGGAAAAGAAGCCCAAGAAAUGUCCUGCUACCUCAGCAGACUUUGAGAAAGGGUAAAACAGUCAAGCUUGUUAUGACAGGUUGAGGAUGAGUUGAAGUUACAGAUCAUCUUCAAAACUCUUUACCAUAUAGGGUUUUUUCAUGCUUUAAUACUAGUAAUUCUGAUAGCUGCCAGAUAGCUUCUUGAAAGCCUCACCCUCUUUUCGCCCCUCCCUCCUCAUGAUUCAUCUGGUGGUGCCUGAUACCAGCAGCUGUAAGAGCAACAUGUCAAUAACAGGCAUUUCAUGAACUCUGUACAGGGGCUUUAUAUCCACAUGCAUGGCUACCCUGAACUUCUCUGUGGACUGACAAGUGCAUCUACUAGAAGAGUGGCUCUACUGAGCUAAAACCCUUGCAGAGCAGGAUUUGAGGGAAGAUCUUAAUAGAUCAUAAAAAAGUGAGGAGACAUAUGUGCCCAACAUGAAAAGGGCAAAGGCCGUUGAAUGGUGAUAUGGAAAUCAACAUAUGUUUGCGAAGGAGAAUGAGACAGGAGAUUUGGCUUCUGUGCAAUUAACAGGAACUCCAAAUAGAUGGGAGGUCUUGUCUGCAGCUCCUGCCACUAUAAAGGAUGAAGCUGGUAAUAUAGUACAGAUUCCAGGUGCUGCCACAGUAACUUCAAGUGGGCAGUAUGUCCUUCCUAUUCAGAGUUUGCAAAAUCAACAAAUCUUUUCUGUUGCACCAGGAUCAGAUUCGUCGAAUGGUACAGUGUCUAACGUACAAUACCAAGUAAUACCCCAGAUCCAGACAGCGGAUGGUCAGCAAGUUCAACUUGGCUUUGCAGCCUCUUCUGAUAAUAGCAGUAUAAAUCAAGAAACGGGUCAAAUUCAGAUCAUUCCUGGCUCUAAUCAAACCAUCAUUGCCUCUGGAACACCUUCAGCUAAUAUUCAGAAUAUCUUAUCACAGUCUGGUCAAGUCCAGGUUCAGGGAGUUGCCAUUGGUGGUUCGUCUUUUCCCGGCCAAGCACAGGUGGUUGCUAACGUCCCCCUUGGACUGCCAGGAAAUAUUACUUUUGUACCCAUCAAUAGUGUUGAUCUAGAUUCUCUGGGACUUGGCAGUGGUUCUCAAACCAUGACAGCGGGCAUUAAUGCAGAUGGGCACUUGAUAAAUACCGGACAGGCCAUGGAUAGUUCAGAUACUCCUGAAAGGACUGGUGAGCAAGUUUCUCCUGAAAUUACAGAAACCGCCACUGAUAAUGACUUAUUUGUGCCAACGUCAUCUUCAUCACAAUUGCCCGUUACCAUAGACAGUUCAAGUAUAUUGGAACAAAAUGCAAACAACUUGACCACAACUAGUGGGCAGGUUCACAGUUCUGAUCUUCAGGGAAAUUACAUCCAGACAUCAGUCUCUGAUGACACGCAGGCUCAGAAUAUUCAGGUGUCUACAGCACAGCCAAUUGUACAGCACAUACAGCUUCAAGAGUCUCAGCAGCCAACCAGUCAAGCUCAGAUUGUACAAGGUAUUGCGCAGCAGACAAUCCAUGGUGUGCAAGCAAGUCAAAGUAUAUCUCAACAGGCCCUUCAAAAUCUUCAACUGCAGCUGAAUCCUGGAACUUUCUUAAUUCAGGCGCAAACAGUGACCCCUUCUGGGCAGAUAACCUGGCAGACAUUUCAAGUGCAAGGAGUUCAGAACUUGCAGAACUUGCAAAUUCAGAAUGCACCGGGUCAACAAAUAACUCUAACCCCUGUGCAGACUCUCACUCUUGGUCAAGUUGCAGCAGGUGGGGCGUUGACGUCAACUCCAGUUAGUCUAAGCACUGCUCAAUUGCCAAAUCUACAGACAGUUACAGUAAACUCUAUAGAUUCUGCUGGUAUUCAGCUGCAUCAAGGAGAAAAUGCUGGCAGUCCUGCAGAUAUUAGGAUUAAAGAAGAGGAGCCUGAUCCGGAAGAGUGGCAGCUCAGUGGUGAUUCUACACUGAAUACCAAUGAUCUAACACAUUUGAGAGUACAGGUGGUGGAUGAGGAAGGGGACCAACCACAUCAAGAGGGAAAAAGGCUGCGACGAGUAGCUUGCACAUGUCCCAACUGCAAAGAAGGUGGUGGAAGAGGCUCCAAUUUGGGAAAAAAGAAGCAACAUAUUUGUCACAUACCUGGGUGUGGCAAAGUAUAUGGGAAGACCUCACAUUUGCGAGCUCAUCUCCGCUGGCAUUCUGGAGAGCGUCCAUUUGUUUGUACUUGGAUGUUCUGUGGCAAAAGGUUCACACGCAGCGAUGAGCUUCAGCGGCACCGAAGAACGCACACAGGUGAGAAGAAAUUUGUCUGUCCGGAAUGUUCAAAACGCUUUAUGAGAAGUGACCACCUUGCCAAACACAUUAAAACACAUCAGAAUAAAAAAGGUAUUCACUCUAGCAGUACAGUGCUGGCAUCAGUGGAAGCAACACCUGAUGAUACUCUGAUUACUGCAGGAGGAACAACACUUAUCCUUGCAAAUAUUCAACAAGGUUCUGUUUCAGGAAUAGGAACUGUUAAUACAUCUGGCACCAGCAAUCAGGAUAUUCUUACCAACACUGAAAUACCUUUACAGCUUGUCACAGUUUCAGGAAACGAGACAAUGGAGUAAAUAUUACACAAGAUACCUAUUAAUUGUGGUUAUUUUUAUACAGUAGUGAGAAGAAUAUUGUUCCUAAGUUCUUAGAUAUCUUUUUAUUGAUGUGCAAAAAUUUUUGGAUUGACAGUAACUUGGUUAUACAUGACACUGAAAUGCCUUACUUUGUAUGAUAUUCCAUAGUAUAUUAAAAUGGUAAAAUUGCAUGGGUUUUGUAGGUACUUUUGGAAUCUAGAAGAGAUGAAAUUUUACCAAGUUAUAUUAAAAAAAAAUUUAACGAUGGAAAUGGUAGUCUAACCAAAUGCAUCAAUCCUGUGUGGUUUAGUGUAAAAAAUGAGAACAUGUUGGUAUUUAUCUAUUGUAAGAUAAAAGAAGUUGAUGGGUGAAAAGAAAUCAUGUUAUGAUAAAAGAAAUUUUGUAAUUUUCUUGAUGACUGGAAUUUUUAUUAUGCAUAACUGACAAAUCAAGUUUCCAAGCAAAUGUUCCAUAGUGUAGGCUUUACUUAGCUCAUCAACUUGUCAUUUUGAAGCUAAUUAUUUUAAUUAGGUUAACUAUGUACAAUAUUUUAAGCAUUACUCUUGUAAGAUUUUGAAACUACAUUUUAACAUGGAACUCUAGGGAUAGUCACCUUUUAAAUCCUAUUGAAAAGCCAUGUUUAAGAUUUAAUUUGCCAAAAUAAUGUCUUGUUAAUAUUCUUUCAAUAACCAAGGUGGGCAAUAUAACCAAUGUUUUAAAAGCUUAAAAUGUUAAAAAAAAAUAUGUAUAGGUUGAGGCAUUUGGGUGGUAAGGCAAAUGUUAUAGUGAAGUAUAUAUCCCUUCUUUUGAACAUUGGAGGACCAAAAAUAAGGUGUAUUGCAUCUCAGCAGUGACUUCUAUCAAAUCUUUUUCCAAAAAAACAUCUGUCUGCCAGGGCCUUAAAAGCCAUCAUGUAAAUUACCAGUGAAAUAUAACAUAUGCAAAUACAACAGAAAAAUCACUUCCAUAUUGACAGUACUCCCAAACAUAUGGAUAUAGUCAUAGUGAACUAGGGGGUUUAUGAGGUUUUUAUUUGUUUGUUGUUUAGUUUUGGUUAGUCAAUCUGCAUUUAAAUAUCAGCCAUCUUUCCUUUUUUGCUUCUUCCCUUAAAAAUUUUAUGUAUCCAGUACAUUUAACUGAUAAACAUAUAUGUUUUUUAUUAUGCUGAAUUUUCUUUUUAUUUUUUAAUUACUGUUUAUAUUUUCAAUUAUAGAAAAAAUGUACAAAAUGAAGUUAUAUAGCCAGUCUGUAAGUGCUAUACCAUUUUCAAAAAAUGUACAAUAAUUACUGCAGUUCACCUAUUUACAAACAUUUGGAAAUCUGUUCAUUUGUUAUUCUUAAAACCACCUCAAAUUUAAAGGCUACCUUAUUGUACGUUUAAAGUGUAUUAUAACAGUGUGGUAGUUAAUAAAACACUAUUUUUUUUUCUUUUGA